AUGAUGGUAGUGGUGGUGCUGGUGCUGGUGAUCGAAGAGGAGGAGGAGGAGGAGGAGGAGGAGAGGCGGAGGAGUAGGCAGUGGAUGAGGAGUAGGAGUGGGAGGAUGAGGGCAAGGAGGAGGAGGAGGAGAGCCAGGGGGAGACGUGGCGGAGUGAGAGGAUGGUAGUGGUUGUUCAGCAGCCGACGCACUUUCUGAUGUGAAUCGUUGUGAACGGAAGAAUUUCUGCAUGAUUUUUUCGUAGUACUUCGUGUUUAACCGUGACGAAGGCAUUCGUCGUAUGCACGAUGGUAGAGUAGAGGUGCGUCGGCAUAUUUUGACUGUUUUACUGUAGCUGGCGGACGACGGAAAUUAUGUCGGUGGUUCCGCAGUGAGGAGACCUUAUUCCGGAUGUUUGUUUUGACCGUUGAUAUGAAUGCGAGAUACAUUUGUUCCGGCGAUGUCAGGCAGGGAGAUUCGUCGGUAAUGGUCGCGGAGCAAACGACUGCCUUUCGGCUUAUAGAGAUGGACUAUAUUGGCGUCCGUGUAAUCCUGUGCACGUCUCAUUAAACAGAACCAAUGCUCAUAUUGAUAUUGUUCAUUAGUUCAGCGAAUGCCUUAUUUAAUGCCCUCUUGUCCAUUUCAGGCUUGUCCGAUGACGAACAGGAGACCUCAUCCUCCUCAUCAACCACAUCCGACAUGUCGCAAUCGCAAUCGCCCACAACGGAAACCGGUAUUCGCACUGUCUACUUACACCUGUUUGCGUGCAUUUAGCCAAGGACUGAAAAUGUAGAACUACGCGUAUAAAGAAUGAUGUGUGUCACUGAAGCCAGCAACAUAUUUUAUGACGAGACCAGUGGGAAGAUGAGGCAGAAGGAUGGAAUGCGUUGAUGACGAAGUGCUUCCGCUAGCAGAACGAUUUGAGCCUGCUUUUCCAGUGUUUUCAACUCGGGAGAAAUUCUCACUAUUCUGUCGUUUCACCUGGCCGGUUCAUGCGAAUCAAUCAGGCUACCUACCAUCAAAUUAACACUGCAAGACACAUCAGGCUUCUGCAAUUGCUUCCUCCUAAUCUCCUCAUCAAAUGGACCAGCGUAUACGCCAGUAAAUCCUUCUUGUCCGUUUCAGAUAUGCACCACGACGAAAACGACGAGGAGGAGACUUCAUCCCCCUCAUCAACCACAGCCGACAUGAUGCAAUCGCAAACACCCACAACGGAAAUCGGUAUUGGCAUUUACUCUUUACUCCUGUUCGCUUAACUUUCGUCAAAGACCCGCAAAAUAAUCCUAUAGAUGAUGAAUGUCCUCGGAGCGAGUAUAUGGCUGCAUAAGGAGACAACUCAACAUUAUUUAAUGUUCCCGUUGGAUAUGUAAGCAGAAGAACAGAAUUAAAGCUCAAGGAAUAUAUGUCCAAAUGGAGGAGGAGGAGGAAGGGAAGGAUUGUAUUGGUGGUUCAGGAGCGAACGCGCUAUCUGAUGUGGAUCGUUCGAAACAGCCGAAUUUCUGCAUGAUUUUUCCGUAGUCCUUUGUGUUUUACCGUGACCAAGGCAUAUGUCAGAGCCACGGAAGUGAGUCGGCAUCUUCUCACACUUCUCCUGCAUUUGGCGGGCUACGAAUAUGAUGUCGGUGGUUUCCCCAUGACGGCGGUAGCCGCACUGGCUUUCCGGCAGGAGACCCUGUUGCAGAUGUUUGUUCAGACCGCUGAGAAGAAUGCCAGCUGAAAUUGUUCCGGCGAUGUCAGGCAGGAAUAUUUCUCGGUGAUUGUCGCAGAGCCCACGAUUGCCAUUUCGAUUCCGGAAAUGUUCGCCGUCUCACAUAUUCUGCACAUCCUCCUGACCUCCAGUCAGUCCCCAACGCGGCCCUCUGUCGCACGACACUUUCUUCACCCGACCGAUGUCUGCCUUUCAACGCUGAUAGCAUUCAUACCAUAUCACAGAGCCAAUGCCAUUAAUGAUUUGAUCAUUAGGCCAGCAAAUGCCUUAGUAAAAGCCCUCUUGUCCAUUUCAGGUCUGUCCGAUGACGACCAGGAGACCUCAUCCCCCUCCUCAACCACAUCCGACAUGAUGCAAUCGCAAACGUCCACAACGGAAACCGGUAUUCGCUCUUUCUCCUUACCCCUGUUUGCCUGCAUUUCUUUAAAGGCCCGCUAA